AUGACCUCUCCGCCGCCGAAAUACGUCUCGAUCGCACCCCUCCUCAAGCUCCUCUCCAACCCUCCGCCGCGAGACAACACGGUCAAAGCCGAGGACAUUGCCCUGGCCUUCUCGCGCACCUUCGAGAACGAGCUCAACCCCACACAGCUAGCCGCGCUCUUGACCCUCCUCCACUCGACCGGCAAAGACAGACACCCAGACGUGGUGGCAAGAUGCGCGCAGGCCAUGCGCGACGCGGCUGUGCAAGCGGACAAGCGGAAACUACGAGAAGUGGUGCGGAAAAAGGCCAAAACCCAAGGAAGCUAUAGAGGCGGGCUAUGCGACAUUGUCGGCACAGGCGGCGACUCGCACUCGACGUUCAACAUCUCCACCACGGCAUCCAUCGUCGCCAGUCCGAUCCUACGCAUGGCGAAGCACGGCAACAGGGCGCAGACGUCGAUGUCUGGCUCGGCCGACGUUCUCACCGCCAUCUCGCCGACCGCGCCCCGGAUCGAGAGCCUGACCGCGGAUCGCCUGCCGGAGGUGUACGAGCACACAAACUACGCGUUCCUCUACGCGCCCAAUUUCCACCCGGGCAUGAAAUACGCGGCGACCGUGCGGCGGGAACUGGGUCUCCGGACCAUCUUCAACCUGAUGGGCCCGCUGGCGAAUCCCGUGGAAGACCACAUUGAAGCGAGGGUCGUGGGUGUCGCGUACCAGGAGCUGGGACCCGUCUUCACACAGGCGCUGCAGAUGACGGGCGUCACCAAGGCCAUGGUCGUGUGUGGGAAGGAAGAUCUCGACGAGAUCAGUUGCGCGGGCGACACAAACUGCUGGCUACUGCGGGAGGUGGAGAACCCGGAGUACAACAGACCGCAGCGUACACAGGCGGAUGAAGACGACGACACGAGCGACGAUGAAGCGCCCCCGAGGUAUAUACCCCAGUUAGAGACGUUCACUCUCAGUCCUGCCGCGUUCGGGCUGCCCUCGCAUCCGCUGUCACAGGUCGGGGGUGGUGGGCUGCCCAAACAGAACGCCGCCGUGCUGAUGAGCAUCCUUCGUAACGAGCGGCCACGGGAUGACCCGAUCCUGCAUUUCGUGCUGAUGAACGUGGCCGCCCUCCUGGUAGUGAGCGGCGCUUGCGAUGCAGAUGUCUGUGAGAGCGGCGAGGUCAUCACAGAGACAGGCCCCGGGGGAAUGCGAUGGAAGGAAGGCGUCAAAAAGGCUAGAUGGUGUAUAGAAAGUGGAAGGGCGCUCGAAGAGUUUGAAAAGUUCAUAGCAUUCACCAACAGGUGA